UUGCAUAAAGCCCGCAUUGUCUUCCACUGAAGCCAGCCUUCGCAGAAAAACAUCCUUUGUUUGAAGCACCACCCUCCUUUAAACUUCAAUCAUAUAAAAUUGGCUUCUCCGCCGCGCGUAGCUCUAACUUAGUCACAUACGAUUCAAGCAUCUCUACUGGAAAGCUAAUAUCAACUCUUUGAUCUAUAUUCCGAGUCAUUAUAUUUUGGCCUACCAUGGGUUUAGAUCAGUUCAACCUCGCCCGAUUCGUAGCUCGGCAGGAUCGCGACCUGUUAGCCCCUGGAAUCGGAGUCCAGUUAUUCGGCAAUUAUGAUCAAGCCCGCAGGCAGGUGGAAGGCGGAACAAGGACGACGCAGUGGAUGUGGUGGAUAUAUCCUUUCCAUUUAGGAAAUGCAAACAGCGCCACAGCUCGGGAAUUCGGCAUCACUUCUCUAGCUGAGGCCAGAGCGUACCUCAAUCAUCCUGUACUGGGACCUCGCCUUGUCGAGAUGCUGGAGGCGUUAGAGAAUACGCCUGCCGCGACAAUUCAAGAACUCUUAGGUGGACCAACCCCUAUUUGGCAGCUUCAUGCGAGCUUGACGCUUUUCUUACGAGCUGAUCCCGAUGCGCAAUUCUUCGACUUUCAGGCUGUGCUAGACCAAUUCUACAAUGGCGCGCUGUCAGCUCGUGCCGUCCGCGUCCUGGAUGAAGAAGAGGAGGCUGAUGCUUCUGUUUGAGUUAGAGCGAAUAGUACUUGAGAAUGUGGGAUUUUAAUGAGACUCUUAGUUC